UGUGUGUGUGUGUGUGUGUGUGUGUGUGUGUGUGUGCGCAUUGGCCUGUGAUUGGCUGUUGGACCAAUGGGCGGGCCGUCCUAGCCUGUAAAGCUUCACUCUCUCUCCCUCUGAGCUGUAGAUCAGCUGAGAGACGAGAGUAACUCCUCUUCCUCACUGCUCUCUUCAUCCCUCCAUCUCUCCUCUUCCUCCAUCCAGAGCUGAAAUCUUCAUUCUCCGCCUUUUUCCUCUCUUUUUCUCCUUCAUCCCACUGACAGACGGCUUUGACCCUUCAUCUUCUUCUCCACCAUCAUCAUCCUCAGAGGAAGACCACAGAGACCCCUGACCCUCGCCCCGCCAGGUCACCAUGGCAACGGUCAUCUGCACUCGCUUCACAGAGGAGUAUCAGCUGUAUGAGGAGUUGGGGAAGGGAGCCUUCUCUGUGGUGCGCCGCUGUGUGAAGGUUCUGUCGGGUCAGGAAUAUGCUGCCAAGAUCAUCAACACCAAGAAGCUGUCUGCCAGAGAUCACCAGAAGUUGGACCGUGAAGCUCGAAUCUGUCGGUUACUGAAACACCCCAACAUUGUUCGGCUCCAUGACAGCAUUUCAGAGGAAGCUCAUCAUUACCUCAUCUUUGACCUGGUCACAGGUGGAGAGCUGUUCGAAGACAUUGUAGCCAGAGAAUACUACAGUGAAGCUGACGCCAGCCACUGCAUCCAGCAGAUUCUGGAAGCGGUGCUUCACUGUCAUCAGAUGGGUGUGGUCCACAGAGAUCUCAAGCCCGAGAAUCUGCUGCUGGCAUCUAAGUCCAAAGGAGCAGCGGUGAAACUGGCCGACUUCGGUCUUGCCAUCGAGGUGGAGGGAGAUCAGCAGGCUUGGUUUGGCUUUGCGGGGACUCCUGGUUACCUGUCUCCGGAAGUUUUGAGGAAGGAUCCAUACGGGAAGGCAGUGGACCUCUGGGCCUGCGGUCAGGUUCCAUGCUGCUCUGCUGCUCACUUGUUUCCUCUGGACUCAAUUGGAAUUUGUUGCUUCACUUGUUUGUAUGUUUGCUCCCCAGGUGUGAUUCUCUACAUCCUGCUGGUUGGUUAUCCUCCAUUCUGGGAUGAAGAUCAACAUCGUCUCUACCAGCAGAUCAAAGCUGGAGCAUAUGACUUUCCUUCCCCAGAGUGGGACACCGUGACGCCUGAAGCCAAAGACCUGAUCAAUAAGAUGUUGACAAUCAAUCCGGCCAAACGGAUCACAGCCGCUGAGGCACUCAAACACCCCUGGAUCUCUCAUCGCUCUACGGUGGCAUCCUGUAUGCACCGACAGGAGACAGUCGAGUGUCUGAAGAAGUUCAAUGCUCGCAGGAAGCUCAAGGGAGCCAUCCUGACUACCAUGUUGGCCACCAGGAAUUUCUCCGGAGGAAAAAGUGGGAGCAACAAGAAGACUGAUGGGGUCAAGGAGUCGUCUGAGAGCACGAACACCACCAUCGAGGAUGAGGAUACCAGAGUCAGGAAACAGGACAUAAUCAGAGUGACCGAGCAGCUCAUUGAGGCCAUCAGCAAUGGAGACUUUGAGAGCUACACUAAAAUGUGCGACCCGGCUGUGACGGCGUUCGAGCCCGAGGCAUUGGGGAACCUCGUCGAAGGGCUGGACUUCCACCGCUUUUAUUUUGAAAACUUGUGGUCCAAGAACAGCAAGCCGGUGCACACCACCAUCCUGAACCCCCACAUCCACCUGGUGGGCGAAGAGGCCGCCUGCAUCGCCUACAUCAGAGUGACGCAGUACAUCGACUCCAACGGCACACCCCGCACCGCCCAGUCAGAGGAGACCCGGGUGUGGCACCGCCGGGACGGCAAGUGGCAGAUCGUCCACUUCCACCGCUCAGGCUGCGCCUCCACACUCAGCAACUAACUUCCAACCUCCAGAGUGGGCAGGUCGCUGAUGGGGCCGCUGUUGCCUUGGCAGCCGGUUGAUUGACAGCAGGCCAGGCGUCUAAUACCAACCAUUCAGGAUUUUGUUUUAAGGAGUCGGAGGAGGAGACAAUGGAGCCGGAAAAACUUCACUCGGACUCAUCAAGCAGAUUGCAUCAUAAUCAAUAAGUGCAUCCAUGGAUUAGCCAAUCAACUUCCUCCUCUCAGCCUGCUUGGAGUUUAUACCAGCCACGCCCCUCUGCUAACCAAUCAGCUUGCUCAGUGUAGUUUAGCUCUACAUUGCAGGUCGUGCUUGCGUUUGGAAACCUUGUAUCUCCGGUUCUUCAGGAUUGACAGGAGUGAUACUCCGCCCACACAGAUCAUGUCAGUAUGAGGGGAAGUGUUAGCCCCGCCCUUCAGCAGGUCCAGGGAUGUUACUGAGCAUACAGUAUGUAUGGGUCUCACCUCCACCUGUCAGUUCCGGUGUCUCUUUUCUUAAUUAAGACAGCUUGUUAGCUGAACACCUGAUCAGAGAGCUGAAGCUGACAGACUGACAGAGAUACAAGGGUUCCACCUGCUGGUCAACUCAACUAUUACAGAAUUCAUAUUCUCCAGAAUUAUCUCCAAAACCAAAUCAGGAAAAAGUUGGAACAAUGUGGAAAAUUCAAAUACAAGAAAAAAGGCAAUAAUUCUUCAAGUUUGUUGAACUUUCAUCACUUUAUGACCUUACAAAAACAAAAUAUUUCAUGGUUUUUUACUCAUCAACUUUAUUUCAAUUGUACAGUAGUAUAUUGCAUUCACAGAAAUUUAAAAAAAAGUUUUUCUUAAUUUAUGGUUUCCUUUCUCAAGAUAUCUUUUUGCUAGAUUAUUCUGAAUUGACAACAUACUUUUUCUUAUAUAAUAUUUUAUUCCUUCCCUUUUUUUUAGGAUUUAAUAAUUGAUUUAAUAAUUGAUAAUAAUAUAAGCCAGGCUGAUUGACUAGACAUGUCUUGCUUGUUUAAUCCAGGUUUUGUUUUGUGCUUUAGAUGUUGGGAGGUACACUUGUUUUCAAGUUAUAGAAAUACAGUUAGAGAGUAAAGGUUCUGUUUUAUCAAAUUUUAUCUCAUUAAUUAAAAAACAACAGAAAAAAAUAUUUUUAGAAAAAAAAAAUAUGUUGUUAAUUCAGAAGAAAUGUAAUAAAUACAUUUCUGCAUGUUGGUUAAUAUUCAUUUAUUUUUGUUUUCAGACCUGCAACAAUACCUGAACAAUACCACAAGGCUCUGUAUGAAGAAGUCUACUUCUUUAGUUCUACAUUAUAACACUCAGCAUCAUCUAGUUUUAAUUCAUAUAAAUGUGAGUUUAAAUGCAGAUGAUACUGUGAUUUAUGUUCCCAAUCACUAUUCCAGAUGCUAUUUUGGACAAAAUUGGUGCUGUGAGCUCUGGAAAGACAAGUACAAAUUUUAACUAUAAACAAAUUCAUUUUAAUUUUUUACAUUCCUUCUCUCAACACUGAAAGUGUUCUGAUAUUAAGGAUAACAAACAACGAAUAAUUUUUUCAGCUGCUUUUUUGUCUCAUUUAUUAGUUUCUCCAACAAUCUCUACUGAGGCAAGAUCAAGACUCCAGACAGAGCAGUCCAGUAUUGUACCCUCUUCUUCCUCAGUCAUAUCUUCAUAACGUAUCCAAAAUGAGGUUUUACUUCAUCUUGGUGAAAACUGCAUGGACAUCCCUGGAACAGAUGAGGUUUUGAAAGCAGCAGAUAUUGCACACCGCACUCAUUUCUUCCAGAAUAAGAUUUGGAAUACUGGAAUAGAAAAUCUGACAGAAUCAGUCUGUGUCAUUUUGACAUUUUAUUCUUUAGAAGCUCUGAAAGUUACAAUCCCUUGCACAACUUCUGAUAUGAAUGAAGCCAGAAGAUGGCUGCUGGGAAGCGCAGGUCCUAAGGGAAUAUGGGGGAAGAACGAAAAGGAAAAGCCUUGGAAAAAUAAUAUUUUUACAGAGGGUAGGGAAGACCAAAGAGAUUCCCUGAGAUUAUCAGGUGGACACAUAAAACCUCCAGAUCAAGGGUCCAGGUAGCGUCCAGGUUAGGUCCAGGUGGGAUCCAGGGGGGGAUCAAGGUGAAGUCCAGUUGGGGUCCAGAUAAAGUCCAGGUGGGAUCAAGUGGAGGUCCAGGUAGGGUCCAGGUGAUGUCCUGGUGGUAUCUAUGUGAAUUGAGAGACAGGAAAGAGAGAUGAAGAACAGAGAGAGGAGAGACACAGAUGUAUCGUCAGCAGUACUCGAGUUGUAAAAAAAAAUCAGGGGGGAUGGUGGAUUUUAUCAUAUGGGGACAGAUAAUUUGUGCUGAUUACAAAUAAUAUAAUAUAUUACAAAUAAUAGCACUGACCAAAACCCCUGCAGAAAUACUGCAGGAAUGACAUAGCAGCAGUUAAAUGCAGCCUUCUGUAAGCUUUAAAUAUCCACUGGGCUUACAUCAAAUACAUCAAAACACAACAAUAAAAAACAGUUUU